AUGGCAUCCCAAGAAGAUAUCGUGCUGAAGUCGAUGAUCCGGAAAUUCAUCACCGGAUGCCAUAUUCUUCACUACCACCGCGUCCUGGACGCCUACGGCCAUCUCUCCUUCCGCCACCCUUCCAAGCCAGAUGUCUUCCUCAUGUCUCGAUAUAUCGCCCCAGCAACCAUCUCCUCUGAUCGGGACGUCAUCGAGUACUACGUUAGCAAUGCCGAGCCCGUUGAUCCUAACUCUCCGCCGGGCUAUUCGGAGCGGUGCAUACAUAGCGAGAUCUAUCGGCGAUAUCCUGACGUGCAGAGUGUGGUCCACAGCCACUCGGAGGCUGUUGUGCCGUAUAGUAUUUCAGGAACAAGAACCCCCGUCUUCGAUAUCGCCGAGCACUUCCAACCCGACGACAUCAAGGACAUGCUGGUCCGCAACACCCGUCUAGGCGCCGCCCUUGCCGCUUGUUUCGCAGAUACGCCCACGGCAACGAGUCCGGACCACGCGGUCGUCCUCAUGCGUGGCCACGGGUUUACCACCCAGGCGUCGAGUAUCGAGGAGUGCGUGCUUCGUGCCGUGUACACGCAGCAGAAUGCGAGUAUCCAGACGACGGCGUUGCUGACGCAUGCUGCGCACUUUUCUGCAGCCCCUGCUCGGGCCACGGACGCGCAGGCCGAAGUCAAGUAUCUCGACGAGGAAGAAUCGCAGGCCUCUGGGGUGAUGACUAAAUGGUCUGCGUACCGGCCGUGGGGGCUCUGGUGUCGAGAGGUUGAGGCGAGUGGGCUAUAUGUAAAUCAGGCAUAG